GCUCGGCAGCCCCUCUCCAAGCGCCGGCUGCCUCUCGCCGCAGGGCGGGCAAGGAUGGCUCGGAAGCCCGGGGGCUUUCUGCAGGAGGCCUCUCACCAAGUCGUCGCCGGAGGCUCGGCGGGCAAAAACUUAAAGUACUGAAAUGGAAUAAUGAAAGAGUAAAAAAAUUACUAGAGAACAUAAUGAUGGUGAGCGCUCUUUGCCUGAAAGGUCUUGUAGAAAUUUGCCUGAUGCAUCCCCUUGACGUAGUGAAAACAAGGUUCCAAAUUCAAAGAGGGAAAACUGAUCCAACCAGUUACAAGAGCCUGGGGGACUGUUUUAGGACUAUUUUCCAGCGAGAAGGAUUGCUUGGCUUCUACAAAGGCAUAUUUCCACCCAUCUUGGCUGAGACACCCAAAAGGGCAGUGAAGUUUUUCACCUUCGAACAAUACAAGAAGCUACUAGGAUAUGCAUCAUUACCACCAGGACUGGCAUUUGCCGUUGCUGGCUUGGGAUCUGGGUUGACAGAGGCAGUUGUGGUUAACCCUUUUGAAGUAGUAAAGGUUACCUUACAGACAAAUCGGAAUGCCUUCACAGAGCAACCAUCUAGCUUUGUUCAAGCUCGGCAGAUCAUUAAAACUGAUGGUCUGGGCCUCCAAGGACUCAACAAAGGUCUUACUGCAACACUGGGCCGUCACGGAGUUUUUAACAUGGUUUACUUUGGAUUCUACUUCAAUGUGAAAAACAUUCUUCCAGUCAAUAAAGAUCCAAAUUUGGAGUUUUUGAGGAAAUUUGGAAUUGGGCUAGUCUCAGGAACAAUAGCCUCAAUUAUUAACAUUCCUUUUGAUGUUGCAAAAAGUAGGAUUCAAGGACCACAGCCAGUUCCUGGAGAGAUCAAGUACAGAACCUGUUUUAAAACUAUGGCAACAGUCUAUAAAGAGGAAGGACUUCUGGCUCUGUACAAAGGCUUGGUUCCCAAGAUCAUGAGGCUUGGUCCAGGUGGUGCAGUGAUGCUUUUGGUUUACGAAUACGUUUAUGCAUGGCUUCAGAACACAGUUGAUCACAAGCAGCGCUUCUGAAAAAUGUACUUUUUAAAAUUAUAUGCAUUCUAAAAUACACUUUAAUAAAGUAAAAGUGAUUCUCAUCCUUUAUGAUGUUGAAUGCCCUCAGAUUACACUGAUGUUAAUACAGUUCAAAACAGAUUUGGCCUUCAGGUCCUGAUCCAAGAAAACAUUUAACACAUGUUUUUCUGUAAGUGCAUAAGUAAAUAGCACGGUUGAUAUUUGUAAUUGUUUUACUGGAUCAAGAGAAAAUAUAAAGGAGACAUAGGAACAAGUUCGUUUUUCAAGGACAAACUGAAAAUUCUGGACACUAAGUUAUGCUAUGUAGUCAAUUCACUUCUUAACAAUUUUCAACUGAAAUGGCAAGAUAAUAACUUUCAGGGGAUUUUGAAUUAAAAAAUUGAAUAAUCAUGUAGGGCCAGAUACUACGUGAGUGUAAACUGCCAGCUUCAUCGACUCCAGGUUAAGAACAUGACCCAUACUCUGCAAACUCUUGCAUCAGUCUUGGGUUCGGUUGCAGUUCAGUCCAGUACGAUUUCAACACUGACAGAAGAGCUUCUUAAGUUGUUGGGAGUUAGGAUAGAGAAAGGACAGCACAACUAGUUGCAACCUGAAAAACACACAUACUGUUAAAUGUCCUACUUGUUCUUAGCCAAAUAUGUCAUAUAAAUCUCACUCAGGUCACAGAAGAUCCUGAAAAUAAUUAGUCUGAAUCAAACUACAAGAAAGGGCAAAACAGCUGUGGGAAUCAUAGAAGAAAUAAGUAAAUACAGGAACAGAAAGAAAUACUUUUAGGCAUAUGAGCUUUUUACUGUGAAUUUUUUAUCCACCUUCAUAUACUCUUGCUUAGAGAGCUGUCCUGUAAUAAAAAUGUUCAAUGCA